AUGACGGAGGGUGCGGCGGCCCAGAAGAUUACCCUGCGCCUUACAGCCAAGGCGGGCAUCACAGAGACGCUUCCAAACAUGAACUGCGACCCGGGAGAAACGCUGGGACAGGUGCAGGCCCGCAUUAAAAAGAAGCUGAAGCGUCCCGUGCUGUAUCUCUUCGUGAUGCGUGGCUCCGAGGGGUUCAUACCCACGCCGGAUCAAACACUGGAGUCGCUGCUGCAUGCGUAUGCGGAGUCCGAUGGGCAGAGAGAGUUGUCCAUUGCCGUCUCCACGGGGAUUUUUCACGGCUGA